ACAUUGAACACACACGACUCUGCUAAUUCACAGUGGGAUUUCUGCAACCCAGAUAAAGGAUCCUGAAGGGCGGGAGCAGUUUACACAAGCGUUCAAAGCACGGGGGAACGGCCGUUUUCCUACAUUGCCUCACAUUUACCUUUGUGUUGCUGUCAGUGAGUUGCAGACACCGAGGAAAGAGAACAAUGUGGAAAGCAGCAGUGGCUGUGCUCCUGCUGCUAAACAUGGAUAUGCAGGUGAGCGGUGCUGUAGAUAAGACGAGGGGGUCCGUGGCAGAAAACCCCAGGCCGGAGAAGAAAGUGAAUGCAAGAGAGGCUGAAGCCGCCAACACAAUUCCUGCAAGUGACACUGCUUCCGCAGGGUUCCUGGGCAAGCUGCUGGUGGUUCCCAUGGAUGGGAGUCACUGGGUGGGUAUAAAGGCAGUUGCCCAAGAAAUGGGUCGCCGUGGACACAGAGUCGCUGUGGUGAUUCCAGAGAUCAGCGUACGGAUGGGUCCAGGGAAACACUACGACACUGUGACCUUUCCUGUUCCUUAUGGCAAGGAUUAUAUUGAUUCUGUCUUGUCCUCACACAAGGACACGAUACAGAAAUCUGCACAGUCUUUCACAGAGAAGAUAAGGACGAAAUACUCACAAAUAAAGAGAAUUACAGGUUUCAUCCACACCACGGCAGAGAGCCUACUGUUCAAUGACAGUCUGAUCUCACAUCUGGCACAGCAGAACUUUGACGCCGUCCUUACAGACCCCAUGGUUCCCACAGGCUCAUUACUAGCUCGGAAAUUAGGUCUCCCCACUAUAAAUCUGCUGAGGGGAAUUCCAUGUUCCUUGGAUAUGAAGUCUGCAGGCUGCCCCUCCCCGCCUUCAUAUGUGCCCCGCUUCUUCACCAGAUACACAGAUAAAAUGAACUUCAAGGAGAGAGCUGUCAACUCUUUGGUGGCUUUACUGGAGCCGCUGCUAUGCCGACUGUUGUACUGGUACUUUGAUGAAAUAGCCUAUCGGUUCCUGGGUGAGGAGGUUGGUGUAGCUGAAGUGCUGUCAGACUCUGCUAUCUGGCUGCUGAGGAUGGACUUCACACUGGAGUACCCACGCCCGCUCAUGCCUAAUGUGAUACUAGUUGGUGGAAUCAACUGCAACGUGAGAAAUCCUCUCCCUGAGGAUUUGGAGUCCUGGGUGUCAGGAGAACAUGGGUUUGUAGUGUUCACUCUGGGCACCAUGGUGUCAGAUCUACCAGAAGAGACAACCUCCGUCUUCCUAGAAGCCUUCAGACAGAUUCCGCAGAAGGUAAUAUGGAGAUACACUGGGAAGGUUCCUGACAGUGUCCCAGAGAAUGUGAAGUUGAUGAACUGGGUACCUCAGAAUGACCUGCUAGCACAUUCUGGAGCCCGGGCCUUCAUCACUCACGCCGGCUCGCACGGUCUCUUUGAGGGGCUGUGUCAUGCUGUUCCCAUGGUGAUGGUGCCAAUUGGGGGCGACCAGCCUGACAAUGCGGAGAGGUUGGCGAGCAGAGAAGCCGGAGUGGUGUUGGAUAUUACUUCGAUCACCACAGAAAGCCUUCUUCAGGGACUGAAUGCAGUCAUCAAUGACACCAGGUACAAAGAGAACAUGCAGAAGCUGUCGGCUCUCCAUAAAGACCGGCCAGUUGACCCACUCGACCUUUCAGUGUACUGGACAGAAUAUGUGAUGCGGCACAAAGGCGCAAAACAUCUCAAAUCUGCCGUCCAUGACCUCCACUGGCUGCAGUACUUCUGCCUGGAUGUAAUAGCACUACUGGCUACUGUAGUGCUGGUUUUUGUAAUACUGUCAGUAAAAUGCUUGAAAUUAGUCUAUAGGAAACUGAGCAGGAAGAGGAAGCAGGAGUGACCCGGUGCUACAUUUGAACCUUCGUCUCAGCAAUAACACUAUAUGUCAAGUGAGAUUAAAAACCAAUCGUUGUCAUUAAAAUAUGAAUGCAAAGUUAAGUCGGUUGUGGUUUAAAGAUGUGAAAGGGUGUACGAAGAAUAAGGGAAACCAUGGGGUGAUCACAAAAACAUUUAAUAAACAGAAAAUACUAUUAGACUCCAGACUCUGGGGCUUGAGGGACAAUGAGGAGCAUUAGUGGCCGCCCUUCUUGGGUGGGAACAGGGCGUACUCGACAGCCAGAGCCACAGUAAAGGCUGCAAAGCCCCACUUGAAUCCUCUCAGCAGCACAUCAGACAGAGUCACAGCGCGAGCGAAGCCACCAGAGUAUCUCCAAGCCUCGUUGCUGCAGAGGGACAAGAGAGAAAGAUAGGGAGCAGGGUCAGGAAUAAGAAUGACUUAAACAUCAAUGAUAUCUCAUGUAGGUAGAGAUACUGACCGCGCCCACGGAUCCUUGAGGCCCCUGGCUGCCAGUCUCUGCUUUGUGAACUCCAGUGGUGUUCCCUCCACCUUCCACUGCCGCCAGUCCGGCAUGGACAUCUUGUUGUGGCCGUGGUCACCUCCCAUGCUGAAAACAGAUUCAGAUAUACAAUUAUACACAACAACCUUCCUCUUAUUGUAAUUUUUGUUUUAAAUUUGAGAAAUCUACAGCUGUGUGUCAAAAAAAUAAAUGAGACUAAAUUUUCCUCAGGGUUAAAAUAAAGUGAAAAUAUUAUUAUACAUAUUAUGUCCAUAUUGCACAAAGUCUCUUCAAUCCAGGAGGAAACAUAUUUGCCUCCGAUGUACAAGUGAUAACAGCUUACUCUUUGGUUUCUAUUUUCUUUGUGUGUAGAAAUGAACAUGUAACUUGGAAAUUGCUUCAGAUUUCUUUUGGUGUAAAGGGUUGUGGACAUGUCAUCAGAAUCUUGUUUUGGUGAUCAAAGUGCCAAGUGUUCAUUUUGGCCAAAGCUGCAGCUUAUUACUGCUAUGUAAAUGUUAUCAUCUGUGCAAACAAGCUCAGACAUAAACAUGCAAGGAUAAAUAUGCUCAAAUACAUUGUGAUGUUUAUUGUAUAAGCAGAGACAUGAAAACCUAUGUCUCUGGUUAUACAGUGAGGUGGAGGUAUUUGGUUCCUGUCCUUCUGGAAGUUGAUGUACAUGGCUGCUGUAUAUUGUAACAUCUCAGUCCACUUUAAAAUUUCUAAACACA